AUGGCAGGAAAUGAGGCAACCUCACUCGAACACAAUCAUCCUCUAUUUCUUCAAGCAGCAGAUGCACCAUGUCUAGUUUUAGUUCCAAUUAAACUUACAGGGCCAGAAAAUUAUGCCUUAGGAGAAUUAGUAGCACAAUGGGAAAAAUGUGAUGCGAUUGUACUGUCGUGGAUUGGAAGCACAGUCUCUAAUGAAUUGAUGCCAAGCAUAGUUUUUGCACCCACUGCUAGGAAAGUAUGGAGUGAUUUGAAGGAGAAAUUUGAUAGAUGUAGUUUAACUAGAAUAUAUCAUCUCUGGUCAGAGAUUGCUAGCCUUAAACAAGGCACUGAUUCUGUGACUACUUACUAUACAAAGAUGUCAGAUCUAUGGAGUGAAUUAGAUGUAUUGGUACCCCUGCCUUCAUGUGAUUGUGAAGAAUCAAGGCCUUCAGUAGAACAUCUGAGAAAUCAGAGACUUUUGACAUUUCUCAUGGGCCUAAAUGAAAGCUACAACAAUGUAAGAAGCAAUGUUCUUCUUAAAAGAACAUUUGUGAUUGUAAACGAAGCUUAUGCCAUAGUGACACAGGAGGAGAGUCAACGAACACUAGGUGGAAAUUUGAAGGAGAAUUGUUACAAAAUUGUUGGCUAUCCAGCUGACUUUAAAAGCAAAAAGAAACCUCAGACAGGAGGAAACAGAUCUUUCGUCAAUGCUGCAAGAACUGAAGAAACAGGAGGGACAAGCAAUCAGCCACAAGGGCAUUUCCUCACUGAGGAACAGUAUCAGCAGCUAAUAGGGCUUCUGAACAAGCAAGGAGGUGAAGAAUGCUCUACAAACAUGGCAGGUAUUAUGACUUUAUUAUCCAAUAUUCCUCUAACUAGUUGGAUAGUAGACUCUGGGGCAACUCAUCAUGUUGCUCAUGAUAAGAGAAUAAUGAGUGAUAUAAAACAGUUUGAAGGACAUGGAGUUCAAUUGCCAACAGGAAAUAAGGCAGAGAUAACGUAUACUGGAAAGGCUACUAUUUUAGGAGGCAAAUGUAUAAAGGAUGUACUGCAUGUGCCGGAUUUCAAGUUUAAUUUGCUGUCAGUUGCAAAACACACUAGAGACCUCACUUACACAGUGAAGUUCUUCCCUGAUUUUUGUAUGUUGCAGGGACUUUACAAUGGCAAGGUAUUGGGGAUUGGUAGAGAAUCUGAUGGUCUAUACAUACUAAAAGAAUAUGCACAAGCAGCAGGCAUAACAGUAGGAGCAGCUAAAAAUGGGAUCAUACAUGAAAGCAGUUGUCCAUAUACUCUUCAACAAAAUGGCAUAGUUGAGAGAAGACAUAGGCACAUUCUAGAUGUUGCUAGGGCACUAAAAUUUCACAGUGGAGUGCCUUUAAAAUUCUGGGGUGAAUGUGUUAGGACUGCUGUAUACUUAAUCAAUAGGCUCCCAACACCAGUUCUGCAAGGCAGGACACCAUAUGUUAUGCUCUAUGGGAAGUUUGUUACCUUAGAUCAUUUGAGAGUGUUUGGAUGUCAAAGUUUUGCUUGUAAUCUUCCUAAGGGAGACAAAUUUUCUCCCAGAGCAAGGAGAGCAGUGUUCAUUAGAUAUUCUGAGACACAAAAAGGUUAUAGACUAUAUGAUCUUGAUAAUCAUGUGGUAUUUGUUAGCAGGGAUGUCAAGUUUCAGGAGUAUGUUUUCCCUUUCAAACAGACUUCUAACAACCAUGAUGAAGAAGCAUUUGAAGGCCAAGAUACUCUUCCACAAGUGGAGCAACCAGCUUCCCAGAUAGAGGAACCAGCUCCCCAAAAUGACAUGUUGAUCAACUCACCUUCCUCUACUACCAUACCUCCACCUGCUCCAAUUGUUGAAAACUCCAGAUCUCACAAACAAACCAAGAAACCACUCUGGCUCAAAGACUAUGUCACCACUAAACUACCAGGCAAAUAUAUAUAUCCUAUGUCCAAUCAUCUCUCUUAUACUCAGCUUUCAACUGCAUAUCAGACAUAUCUUCAAGCUUUCUCUACUUCAGUGGAGCCUACAUCAUACAAGGAAACAACAGCAGAUCCAGACUGGGUGCUUGCUAUGCAACAGGAAAUACAAGCUUUAGAAGACAAUCAUACAUGGGAGAUUGUCAAUCUUCCACCAGAUAAACAGGCCAUUAGGUCCAAAUGGGUGUACAAAAUCAAGUAUAAGGCCAAUGGUGAAGUUGAAAGGUUUAAAGCUCGAUUGGUAGCCAAAGGAUAG